UAUGUAACGAUCAUAAAGCAGAAACAAAAAUGAGUGGUCCUGGGGGAGUUUAGUGUGCAUUUCCUACUGCGACACUGUUGCAAAAAGCAUUGCAGUUUGAAUGAUUGACGGCUGAUGUAGCGUCUUGUGGCGGCUUUUGUUACAUUCGUUGAUGCCUGAGCAGUUUCGCAUGCAUGUACGCCAAGAUAGGGGGGAGGAUGCGUUUAAAAACUCAGAUAAUCAGCACCAUGGAACCUCAGGUGUCAAAUGGCCCUUCAUCAAACACUCCGAAUGGCCCAUCAAGCAACAAUAGAAACUGUCCAUCACCUAUGCAGACAGGUGCUCCUACAGAUGACAGUAAAACCAACCUCAUAGUCAACUAUCUUCCCCAAAACAUGACACAAGAAGAAUUCAGGAGUUUGUUUGGGAGCAUCGGUGAAAUAGAAUCAUGCAAACUUGUUCGAGAUAAAAUUACAGGGCAAAGUUUGGGAUACGGUUUUGUGAACUAUGUAGAUCCAAAGGAUGCAGAGAAAGCAAUUAAUACUUUAAAUGGGCUUAGACUUCAGACCAAGACCAUAAAGGUUUCUUAUGCUCGUCCAAGUUCUGCAUCAAUUCGUGAUGCUAAUUUGUAUGUUAGUGGCCUUCCUAAAUCUAUGACUCAGAAAGAAUUGGAGCAGAUGUUUUCACAAUAUGGCCGAAUCAUCACUUCCAGAAUUUUAGUUGACCAAGUCACUGGUGUUUCUAGAGGAGUUGGAUUCAUUCGUUUUGAUAAACGAAUAGAAGCAGAGGAAGCAAUCAAGGGACUCAAUGGGCAGAAACCUUCCAGUGCUACAGAACCAAUAACUGUGAAAUUUGCCAAUAAUCCCAGCCAGAAAACAAACCAAGCACUACUCUCACAGUUGUAUCAGUCACCUAGCAGACGUUAUCCUGGGCCACUGCAUCAUCAGGCUCAGAGGUUCAGGCUGGACAAUUUGCUUAAUAUGGCCUAUGGCGUAAAGAGAUUCUCCCCAAUCACAAUUGAUGGCAUGACCAGCCUUGUUGGAAUGAAUAUUCCUGGACACACUGGAACAGGCUGGUGUAUCUUCGUCUACAACCUUUCGCCUGACUCAGAUGAAAGUGUUCUCUGGCAGCUGUUUGGACCAUUUGGAGCCGUAAACAAUGUCAAGGUCAUUCGUGAUUUUAGCACAAACAAAUGCAAGGGAUUUGGGUUUGUCACUAUGACAAACUAUGAUGAAGCAGCCAUGGCAAUUGCAAGCCUAAAUGGAUACCGCUUGGGUGAUAGAGUUCUGCAAGUAUCAUUCAAAACCAACAAAACCCACAAGUCUUGAAGUGCAGAUGUAGUGUUACAUUCAUGAACAAAUGGAACUUAAAAGGCUUAUACUAAAAAUGGACUUCAUAAGCCAGUGUUGCCUAAGUAUUAACAUAGGAUAUCCUGCGAUCGAGCAGGAAAUGAUUUUAUAAUGCUAGAAGACUUUGAUGCAUUGAAUGUUCUUUCAUAGCUGUUGUUGUUCAAAAUAUUCAUAGAUAAAAUGUGCAGGAGUUUUUACCCAGCCUGCUACUUUUUCUACCUUCUUUGAAGGUGGACCUUUUUAAGUCACCCAUUCACAUUUAAAAGGUGAAAAUACAUUUGACAGUUUUGAAGAAAAACUUCUCAAAAAGAAUACAUUUGAAUUGAUUUGUUAAAACAGCCACCAUCCCCACCCCAACUCCCCCCGCAACUCCCAACAAUCCUAUUCGAGAAACAGAUCUGCUGAAGCACUUCUGCAAAUGUUUUAGUUAUUCCCUUUCCUUUGAAUCAUGUAAACAUGAAGUAUUUCCUGGUUGGGAAGGGGAAUAGGGGGACCUGAUGACAUGACUUAACUUAAACAAUGUUGCCAAAGAGAUGGUCUCUUUGCUGAAAAUGGGUUUCAAAAGAUCUAUUUUUAUAAUAAAAAAGGAGAAUUUUUACAGGAUCUGGAUUUGAAAAAAAAUAUUUUGACUGGCAAAUAUGGGGGAUAAAGGACAACUUUGUCAAGUUCAUACUGUACUGGUACUUUUUAGGAUCAAAAUGUAUGUUUUAAAUUGGGAUGUAGGUUGUUUUUUUGAACGAUGGGAAAAAACAGAUGAUCAUAUCUUUCGUAGAGUAAUAAUUGGGAGCGAUCUCCCCAGGCACACAGUUCCCCACAGUCAAAACCCAAAAGCAAGGAGAUUAGUUGCUAGAAAGUUUUUUUAAAGUCAUCAGUAACAGCCGGGCAAUAUCAUUAAAAUUAAAGUUUUUUCCUAAAAUAAAUAUCAAAACUUCCUUUGUCGAAGCAGUAGGUAGGUGCUAAUGAAAUUGCAUAUCUUUAAACUCUAGGUAUGAACAUACGCAUUACUUGUUUAUCUGAACUGUUGUUACUUGUUUGUGUUGGAUUUGUUGACAACUUUGAUUCCAUUGUAGUCCUUAAUAUUCCAUUUUGACAGACAGGACACUAUUGAUAUUGUUUCAUUCAAUCAUUUAUUUAUUUUAUUGCUGAUCUGAUGCAUUUGCCAAAUUAAAUUUAGCUAGUUAGUUAUUUGUUUAUUUUAUCUAUUGAAAAAUGUUUCUUAAGUUUGUGUCAUGUAUAUAAAGAUUGAUUUGUUUUUAUUUAUAAAUUGUAUGAACUUGGUUGUUUUGUUAAUAUGGCAAAAUGGUUCCAGGCGAUACUAAGUGAGACUUAAGUAUCUAAGUAUUUACUUGUGCAGAAAUAACAAAUAUUGUUUAAUAUAUUGUCAUGUUGGUUGUGAAUAUUUUUUCUUCAUAUUAGGGAUGGGCAGGUUGCUUUUAUUUUCCAUUAUGCAGAGAGGAAAAUUGAGCUACGGGAACAAAAUGGCUGAGGGAGGGCUCUCCUUAGUCCAAGUGCACUGAUAACUUUAGUAUGUUGUGCUUUGUAAGAGUAAAAAGGUCAUGCUCUUCCUUGGGUACUAGAAAAGUUACUCGCUAUGCAUAAUAUAGUUGAUAGUUAAAUUUGCUAUUGCUUUUGUCUUGUUAACCUUUUCAAUAACGUUGUCUUAAUGGUAUUGUUGUUAUGGUUAAUGUGCUUAUUUUGUGCAUUUUUCAUGCUAAACCCACUAACUGCAUGUAAAGGAAUAAUUUUACAUUGAAGGUGGACUUAUAGUGAGCAAGUAUGUAAGAAUGCAUCAUAUAACUUUUCACUAAAAAUGCUAGACUAGAACCCUCAUGCAAUGUUCAGGGAUUGUACUAUAUUACCAUCUGCUGUGAAUGAGCUGAAUUGCUGGGAGAGUUUGCUGCAUUUACUGAGCAUUAGUGGGGAAGGCAUGUAAAAUUUUCUCUACAAUGUGUUUGUUUCAUUGGGAUAUUUCUAGGACCAGACAGUAAAAUAUACACUUCAAUAAUUAUGAAUGACUUAAUGUUAGCAUAGCUAAUUUAGAUUAUUUCUGAAAACAGCUGUAAAUGUUUUUUCAUAAAACUGUUGUGUUGAAUUAUUUGUAAUUUUAAUG